UGAUAUGUGGUUGUCAAAUCGUGAACGGGUGCUAGGAGCGGAGAGAAAUGUUUUUGAAGUUUGCAUCCAGUAUCUGUCGGGUUUGUUUAGGUCCUGAUGCGAAAAUCGGAUUGUUUGGCGAAGACGGAAAUGACCACAAAUUUAAAAGUACCACAAAUUUACAGAUUUUUGAAGAUGAUGGUCUGCCAUCAUCGCUUUGCGGAAAUUGUUCGGAGCGCUUGAAUUCAGCAUAUGAGUUCCAACAACAGAGUAUGGCAUCUGAUGUACACCUGCGCACAUUCGUUCACACUGUGAAUACCAAGUUCGCGUCUGAAAUAGGAAACUUCCAACAGAAUAGUCAGCAAAAUAGGGGAGAUUCGAUGAUUUCGGAACAUACAAUUCACAGUACAAACGAUGAAAGGGAAUGUGAAGACGACCCAAAUAAACAGCGAACGAUGUUGGAAAUAGAAGUACUGCCCGAAAAUCUUGCAGAUAACACAAAAAUGGGAAAUGAGGACGAAAGCGAAGUUAUCACCCUUAAUUACACAUACGUUGAGCCUUUAGUAGAGCAAUCCUGUGAAGAGGCAGAAAACAAGGAAGAAAUGUACGUUGAAAAGUCUGCGAAUUUUUCCGAGGGCAAUAACGAAGAGGAAGAUUUCCUAGAUGAAACAAUACGACCACAUCCCUCCGAUGCUACCCUCUGCCAUAUAUGCAAUAAAACUUUCUCUAGUCGGACGAAUUUAACUCGUCAUAUCCUAACACAUUCAGAUGCUAAACCGUUUCAAUGCUCGGUAUGUCAGAGCGCAUUUACUCAGAAAGGAUCGCUAAAGCAGCACAUGCUACGACAUACAGGGGAAAAACCCCAUACAUGCACUAUGUGUGGGAGGGGAUUUAGUCGAAAGAGAUUGCUCAGCAUGCAUCAAAGGAUUCAUACUGGCGAAAAGCCGUUCCGCUGUGAAGAUUGCAAUCUGUGUUUCACUGUAAAGGAAGGAUUACGGCGUCAUAACAUACGUAAGCAUUCUAGCUAUCGAGGGCAAAUCUACACGUGUGAAAUAUGCGAUAAAAAACUGCAUUCGAAGUACACUUUCCGAAAUCAUAUGUUUUUGCACAAUAAGGAAGGCAAAAACAAAAUAAGUUGCAAGUAUUGCUGCAAAUCUUUUGGUACAAAACAAUCGCUGCAAACACAUUUGCGAAUCCAUGACGAAUCCGCUCAUCAGAGAGAGGAGCUUUCUGCGAAUAACGAAACAGAAGCAGAACCAGACGUUAUCGAUUCAGACCAAGAGGGUAGCGAGUCUGAAGACAGUUUCCUUUGUGAAGAAUGCAACGAGGUUUUUAUAAGCAGGGAGGAAUUUCUGAAUCACCUAAAAAUGCAUCAGACACUCGAACAAAUGACUGUGUCGGAAAUUGUUUUGACAUUUGGUUCUGUGAAGUGGCGGACUGAUUUGUCUGACUUAUAUGGGUUGUUUACAGAUAAAAUUCUAGUGAAAAUGAAUUUAAAAGUGGACGUUAAUUUGUGCCGAGCUUGCUUGGGCUCGGAAUUGAUUGCCGUGCUGGAUGACCAAAAAGAUUUGAUACAAAAAUUCCAGCACACAACUCAAUUGACGAUUGAAAGCAAUGAUCCAUUUAAUUUAUGUAAACGGUGCGUGACACGUCUGAAAGUUGCUUACGACUUUCGCCGUGAAUGCUUGGUUUCUGCUUCUUAUUUUGAGCAUCUGCGAGCAUGUAUUAACAAAAUGAAUGCAGAAUUGGAAGAAGUAGUGAAUUCUGCGGUGACAACAAAGAUGGCUUUUGCCAACGAUGAAAUGAAACUGUUACUCGAAGCUGGAUACAAACCUGACGAUAUUGUUGUUGUAUUUGAAGAACCGAAUUCUACACAAACUAAGAGCGAACAAGUCACUCAAGAGUCAGCAGGAAAUGUAGGUGAAAAGCAACAAGUUUGUGAAAUUGUUGAUACGGUGGGCUUUAUUAGUAAAGAAGAAGACGACGAUGAGGAACACCAUUAUGAAGAAGAUUUUCAUAUGGAGGAAGUUGGCUCGAUGUCUCCUAAGCCUGAAUGUAUUGAAUACAUUGAAACUGUAAAAUCAUCUUACAUGUGUUUAGAAUGUAAUAAGGAGUUCAGUACAAAGGAAGCUUUAACGAAUCAUAUGGCAACACAUGAUGAAAAUGUUAACCCAUUAGAAAAUAGUAGUUGCGAAGGGAAGUUACCUGAGAAAGAUAAUAUGGAGGCUCAAAUUCUUGCCGAAACUGUUCAGAGUGAAUAUAUGUGUGACGUUUGUGGCAAGGCUUAUGAAAAUGAAGAUUCUCUAGCCUGCCAUAUGGAAACGCAUCAGGACAAAACAGCACACGAAUGUGAAAUAUGUAAAAAAAAAUUCAGUUCAAAGGAUAAACUGAUGCAACACUUGACCAUACAUUCUCGCAGUCAACCGUAUAAGUGCAAGGUUUGCGACAAAUAUUUUAUCCAAAGCUAUUCUCUUGUUUAUCAUAUGAGAACCCAUACAGGAGAAAGACCAUUUGCGUGCGAUAAAUGUGGAGCCAGCUUUCGUCAAAAAGGUAGUCUAAAGCAACAUAUAUUAAUUCAUACGGGUGAGCGGCCUUACAAGUGCAGUGUUUGCGAUCGAGGAUUUACACAGAGCCAUUCGCUCACCUUUCAUAUGAGACGCCACACAGGAGAAAAACCGUUUAUAUGUGAUAAGUGCGGAAACCGUUUUCGUCAAAAGGAAGCACUGAAGCACCAUAUGCGAGUUCAUAUGGAAGGCAGAAUUACCCGAGCUCGUAAAAUUCAACCCAGCAGUGACAAAUGUUUUACAUGCGAGUUAUGUGGCGCAGUUUUUAAUCGUUUGGCUAUUUUGAAACAACACAUGUAUAUCCAUACGGGGGAACGACCUUAUACUUGUGAUGUAUGUGGUAGAGGUUUUACGCAAAGUCACUCUCUUACUUUCCAUGCUAGACGACAUACAGGCGAGAAACCAUUUACAUGUGAAAAAUGUGGUGCAAUGUUUCGUCAUUCAAUUGGAUUGAAGCGACAUUUAUUUUCAAAACACUCAGAUGUAACUACACCAGUUCGUCAAACAGUGUUUUCAUGUGAAAUUUGUGACGAAAAGUUUUCAUCGAAAGAAAAACUAGAUGAACAUGCGCAGCACCAUUUGGAUGGAGAACCUGAAAUGGAAUCAAAUCAAGCAGAACAAAAUGGAGAAGAAGAAAACGACAAGGAAGAAGCCGAAUUUAGCAAGGAAUCACUCCAAAUUGAAUGCCUGGAUGAGCAAAUGGAAGACGUAAACCCGUUAGCUGAAGUAGAGGCAAAACCAGAAAUUCAUCUAUAUUCCUGUACACAAUGUGAUGCUGGAUUCGAUACACAAGGAAUGUUCACAAAACAUAUGCAAGAACACGAUGUAAAACCAUAUACUUGUGAUGUAUGUGGAAAUGGCUUUACACAGAAUGGUUCUUUGAAGCAGCAUAUGUUUAUUCACACGGGGGAACGUCCGUACAAAUGUGAUAUUUGCGGAAGAGGGUUCACCCAAAGCAAAUCUCUCACAUUUCACAUGAGGCGACAUACAGGCGAGAAACCAUUUCAGUGUGAGCAAUGUGAUUUGAGUUUUCGUGUAAGGGAUGCGUUGAAGCGCCAUAUCCAAAUGCAUCAUUCUGGUCAGUCUGCUAAAGUGCACAUUUGCUCAAUAUGUCAAAGUGUCCUAAAAUCGAAACCUUCUUUGGUUGCUCACAUGAAGAAACAUCUAGAACAAAAUUCAGAAAUAAAAUGCGGUGUAUGUGAAAAGGUUUUCUCGAAUCGAUGCUCACUGGAUGAGCAUGCCAGAGUGCAUACAGGAGAAAAACCAUUUCGAUGCGAUGAAUGCGGUAAGGAGUUCACGCGGCGCUCAUCAUAUCGACGACACCAAAAAUGGCAUCAGGAGAAAAAGUAAUGACUACGUGAUUGAAUGAGUGAGUGUGGUUACUGUAGGUAUAACAUUAGGAAAUGAUAAUAAUGCCACUCUCUAUAUUUUAUUAAUCUGUAUGUUUUUCGUAAAGGAGUCAAUGAAGUGCGGCAUUUUAAUUGCUCUGAGCCGAACUACUGUAAAUAGCGCCAGAAUUGGUUUCUUAUUUAGAUGAUUAUGUUGAACAUUUUAGCAUCUUUUUUUUAUUAGUGACCAAAAAAGGAAUAAUCCUCUAUGAGGACUGUUUUACAAAUAAUUUUAAAAAAACGAGGAUUCUCGUGUCAUAGAUUUUAAUUUAGUAAACGUAGGAAAUAAAGAGAUAUG